UGUGUUGAAUUUAUUCCAAGACAGCUUUUUUAUCUACAAUCAGGCGAUUUUCUACAUCCGUUCGCGUCCCUGCUUUAAUCCAAGACAAAUAUUUGGGCAAAAUCAGCCUUCUGUUAUUGCCUGCGACUUCCGCACAUCAAGAAGCCACGCCAGAACUGUAGUGUAGUGAGAGAUAACAGGAUAACCGUUUUUUGUGUCUUUUUCGUACGGAGAAAACAACAAAAAUGAGAAUAUUCCUGGUUGCAAUAACGCUCUAUUUGCUUUUGAUAGCGCCCGUUUACAGCUUGCAAUGCUACUCCACGGCCGCCGGCAUCACCGUUUUGGAAGCCCAACGGAUCGACAGCAAGGCCGUCGCCAAAGACUGCAUCGAGUCCAUCGCCGAGUCCUCCAACACCAUACAGACGUUUAACAUAUCCGACCUUCGUUGCUUCACCGUCAAAAUUAACACAGACAAAGCAAAUAUCGCCGUACAAGGCUGCAACCGUCGGGAAAGCUGCCGCGACAUGGUGAAGAACGUCCAAACGAACUACUCGUGGAUAGUCGGACACAACUUCUAUUUCAACCAUGUCUCCUGCAUCAUGUGCGAGGGAGACCUAUGCAACGGAAACAUCACACGAACUGUCGUCGUCAAAUCUUGGCUCUUCUUCGUGAGAAAAACCAAUUUCAUUGUCACCGUCGUUAUAAUUAUACUCUUAGUGAUGGUCAUAUCGAUAAUGCUGACAGUUUUCUGGCGGAAGCGCCGAGCGAGCGAGCGUCGAUGAUAAAAAAUAUGUUUUUGUGAAAGUGUGACUUAUUUUUUUUAAUGAAUAAAGUUUUGGUUUUUACCGAUCUAAUUACGAAAAAUUAGUGCUGGGAGCGUCACCGAAUUACAAUAUAACCGGUGCAUUCACAUGUUCGGGGUAAAAAUAAAUGGGUUGCCGUUUACCAGCAAUCGCAGUUUUAUUUUCUAUGUGCCAAACAUUUGUUCGACGGCACACUGAAUUUUUCAUUCGUAUAAUUCAU